AAUGCUAAGCUCUGCCUGUGCUAAAAGUGAUCAGCAACAUCAGCUGGUAAGCUAAUCUGUGCAUAAGACAUUCAACUCGGAAGAGUUUGCUCUGACUUUGCAGCUUCUCCAAAGUGACCCAGGAGCAGCAGCUUAUCCUCCUGCCUCAGCAAUGGCAGAAGGCAUUAUAAGACACUGUGUGGAAACUCCUGUACGCUAUCAAGAGCAGUUUGCUGUCCAAGAACUGGAAGAACAAAAAUUGGAUCACUCUUUAUACGCUUUGCCAGGCCCUUCUACAGCUGCCCUGAGCAAGAGAAGUUGUGCUGUGGGAAGUACAGCUGAGGCUGGGAAAGGUGACCAGGAGGAAAACAAAAGCUUUCAGGUUUUGUUGGAUGUUGUGCAGUUCCGCCCUGAAGAUAUCAUUAUUCAGACCUUUGAAGGCUGGCUCCUGAUCAAAGCUCAGCAUGGGCCCAGGAUGGAUGAACACGGUUUCAUAUCCAGAAGCUUUACCAGACAAUACAAAUUACCCAGUGGAGUGGGGAACAAAGACUUGUCUGCGCUUUUCUGCCAUGAUGGGAUUUUGGUUGUUGAAAUGAAGAACUCGGUGGGAAAGAAUUAGGCUCUUGUCUUUAGUUUAUUGGUGAGCUGAAACCAUUCUUAAUAUAACAAAAUAAUCUAACUCAAGCAAUGCUAUAGUGUACUAAGCAUGUGGCUGUAUUUCUAUUACAGUAAAGUAAAAUCUGUGUAUGUUUUUCAGUAUACUGAGUUGACCGUUUGAUGUGAAAUGUUAGACUGCCUGCCUCCAGAUACAUGUGUUGGGUUUCUUGAAUGGUAGAAAAUUUGGUCAAAAAAGAGAAAAAAAAAAACCAUAUAUUUGAUAAUGUAUUGAAAAUAAAGCACAUUUAUCAGAUCAGUAGGACAAGCUGUAUUUCUGAGGAAUAAUAAUUUGUCACACAUAGUCAUAAUCAUUACAGAAGCAAUAGACAGGUUGUGAGUGUUACAGAAAUUCAAUUUACUUACCAAAAAUUCUGUUUUCUAACUUUUGAAAUGUACUACUUCUUCCUUAAGCUCUAGAAAAGCACACAAAUUAAAGGAUACUAUCAAGGAAAAAAAAAAACAAACAAAAAAUAUUUCUACAGUUCAACCUUGUAUACAAAAAACACUUGAGAGAUUAAUUCUAGAAGUGUGUUGCAUGUUUGACAUUAUAAGAAAGGGAAAAAAAAGCAAUUACUAUAUUUGCUUGAAAGACUAGGAAGAAAUUAUAUUUUCUGUCAAAGAUAAAUUAAUUUGAAAGAAAACUUCCAAAGACAUUCUAAAAAUUGGUCUUAUUUAACAUAUUCUGCUAUGAGCAAUUGAAGAAAAAACUGUUUAUACUCAAAAGGAUAAAAUUCUUGCUUGUGAAGCCCCAUCAUCAAGGCAUAACUAGCACAAAAGCCUUCAUUCUUACACAUUUUAGGUAGUCAUGUUUUUCAGUCAGAUUAAUAUUUUAUUCUUGUUUCUUGUCAGUUUGUGCCUUAUAGAGCAAAUUUUUCUGCCUGUGUGUAGUGUCCCUCCCCCUGCACCAACAUGGGCUUUACACGAAUCUCAUUUUGAGUGUGGGAGUUCCUUACUACAGACACUGCUUUAAUUUUUGUCUCAAUUUAUCUCAUUUCAUCAGAGUGGUAGAGAUGAAAAAAAUAAAUCCACCCACUCUACCUAGUAUCUGGUCUUCACAAAAUUUAAAAAAAAAAUAUGCUGUAAGCCGAUUUUUAUAUACAUUUGAGGAGAUGUGCAGCUGCAAGUUGAACUGCCUCCUUUUAUGUGUACUGUGGCUGAGUAUGACUGCUGUGCUAUGAAUAGUAAAGGAAUGUGGACUGGAAAGUGCCAAGUUAAAUACAGACUCUUUAGGACAGCCAUCUGCUGUUUGGACAAAUCAAAAACAUAUUCAAAUGGAACUGAAUACAAAUAACAUUUUAAGAAUAUGAGAAAAAUCUGAUGAAGAAAACACAGGCUCGCAAGAGCUGAAGCCAGAGAGUUUGCUAAAAUGAAAACCCUAAACUUGUAUUCUCCACGUCUGUUCAUUAGAAAAAUUUAUAUCAUGGUUGGUUAGACUUGAAGAUAUUUUAAUCAAUUGACUUUAUGAAAGUCAAUGGCCAAAUUCUCACAUUUUAUUUAUCAUUUGUACUAAAAGUUGAAAAGAAUUUGUACAGGAAAUGAAGAAUAAGGUCUGAUUUCAAAUUUGUAUCAUGUGCAAUUAUGUUAUUUUUUUAAUAGAGCAGAAGUCAGGAAUGUAAUGUUUUCUAACAAAACAAAUUAAAUACACAAUGUUUGUCCCUA